AUUUUUUAGUGAUAUAUUGAAAGUAAUAGAAGGCAAAAAAAUAAAAAAAAGGAAAGAUUUAGUAAAAGGAAGUGUAUUUUAAAUAUUUAACCAAAAAAAUUUUAUUCAAAAAAUUUUAUCUGAAAUUAUUUUACACUGAAGCUGAAAUUUUUUAAUUCAUCGAAAAUAUACAAUUCGAAGGUAAGUUCUAUUAAAAAUUAGAAAGUAAAGAGUAAAAAGAAGAUAUUCGUAAAACAAUAACGUAUAUGAAAAAUAAAUUGCUUCUCUUGACUGAAUAAAAAUAAAAAAUUGAACAUAAAACAAAAAAGAAAGAGAAAUAUGAAUGAUCAAAACGGAUCAGGAGGGGGAGGUGGUACUGCUAUACAAGCUCCACCAGCACCUGCCUUGCCAAGUUUAAUGGCUCAAGCAAUUCCUCCACCUAUUCCGUCGCCAGGCCAAAAUAGUAAUUCUGGGUAUAGCAAUAUGUAUAAUAACUAUCAACAAGAAAUGUAUAACUAUCAGCAGCAACAAUAUGCCCAGCAAUACGCAUAUUACAUGCAAUAUGCUCAGAUGCAACAGCAGCAACAACAAAAUUCAAAUAACUCACAGAAUAAAGCCUCAAAUGCUCCUCCCGGUUUUAGUAAUGCUGUUAUAUGUAAUGAUGAUGAUUUUAAAAAUGACACUCCUCUGAAUAAUUCCUCAUUUAAUAUGAACACAAAAAAUUCACAACAGAAUAGGUCACCAUUUUUUUCUCAGCAAAAUAAUAAUAGUAACAAUAACAGUAAUGGUGGUAAAAAUUCUUUUGGUGGUAUUAGAUUUAAUUUAAAUCAACAGAAGAGAGUAAUAAGUGGACCCAAUCCUUUGAGUUCACCUCUAAAUCAAAGUAAUCAGAAUCAAAAUAAUAAUAGUAAUAGUAAUAAUAAUAAUAAUGUAGGCGGUGGUGGUGGGGGUAAAAAAAAAAGGAAGCGCAAUAAAAAUAAGCAAAAUCAACAACAACAACAACUACAACAACAACAGCAGCAGCAGCAACAACAAUCACAGCAACAAAAUUUACAAUCCCAGCAAGCACAAUCGCCACAAAGCCAGUCUAUGAAUGGAAUGAUGUUUAAUACCCCACCUCCUCCGUUACUUCCAGAUUUAACAAAACCUCCACCACCAUUACCACCAACUCUUCAUUCACCUGUAUCUAAUAGCAUGUCAAAUAGUAAUAAUAUGUCAUCUCCCAUAGCCUCUCAAAAUUCUCAUUUUCAAUCAAAUCAGUCAGUUGAAAAACAAUCGCAGACUGGUUUUAGGAAACCAAACCCCUUUGAUAAUCCAACAGAUGCUUGGCCAGAUAGCUUAAAUAACUAUGUUGCACGUUGCUAUGCAAAAUGUGAAACUGAUUUAGAUAAAGAUCAAAUAGAUAUUUGUUUAAAAGGUAAGAUUACGCAAGCUGCAAACCGUAAUGAAUUAUGGACACGAGAUUGGGAUAACGAACCUAUCCCAAGUGUCCAUAGUGAAAGAAACAGUAUAAAAAUACAAGCAAUACCUGGUCAAGUUACACCGUAUAUGAAAACUGGCCAAUUUAAUCAAAGUCAAAGUAAUAAUUUGAAUAAUUCGAAAAGUAAAGGCAUAUCACGGAGUCUAACUGCACGUCUAGGUCAACGAUCUUCAUUUAAUUCAACAGGUUCUUCAAAACGUUCAAGGAGUCGGUCAAGAUCCCCGUCUAAUCGCAAAAGGCGUUCACGUAGCUCAUCUGAUUCACCGCAAAGAAAAACUCGUCGUAGCUCUUCUUCAUCAACAUCAUCAUCGUCAAAUCGCUCAAAUGAUUUUAUACCACUAAAUAGUAUCUAUGGUAAUAAAAAGCAAAACAAAAAUGGUAAAAAAAUGAAAUUAAAGAGCAAAAACAGCUCUAUUCAUAGUAGUAAUAUUAACAAUAAAAAAGCUCCUUUCUACUCUUCAUCAAUUGGUGGAGCCGUUGAUGAUGAUUCAGAUCGUUUGCAACAACGUGCAGCUAGAUUUGCUCAAAAGAAAUCUGUUGCAUCUGUUGCGAAUUCCCUGAAUAACUCAUCAUCAAACAAUUCUUCAUCUACAACAUUAUCUCUUACUACAAAAAAACGUAAAUUAGGCCAGCAAACAAGAAUAUUUAUUGACGAUUCUGCUGUAGACACAUCUUUAGAUUUGAGCAAUAUUCAUAUAACAGGUUCAUGUCGUAACUUAGAGAAAUCAUUUUUAAGAUUAACAAAAGCUCCGGCGCCAGAAGAAGUACGUCCAGCUGAAGUUUUAGUUUUUUCUUUGCAAAAUGUUAAAACCAAAUGGGUGGAAAAACAAGAUUAUCAUUACGCUUGCGAUCAAUUGAAAUCAAUUCGACAAGAUUUAACCGUUCAAGGAAUUCGUGAUAAGUUCACAGUAGAAGUAUAUGAAACACAUGCCCGUAUUGCGAUGGAAAAAGGCGAUCAUGAAGAAUUCAAUCAAUGUCAAACACAACUUAAGAUGCUAUAUUCAGAAGUUGGUGGUGAUAAUAUAUUGGAAUUUACAUCUUAUAGAAUUUUGUAUUAUAUAUUCACCAAAAAUACUCUUGAUCUAACAACUGUGUUAAGAUCAUUAACAACAGAGCAAAGAGAGAAGGAAAUUGUUGCAUUUGCACUGAAUUUAAGAUCUGCGUGGUCAUUGGGUAAUUACUGCAGGUUUUUUCAAUUAUAUAAAAAUGCCCCAUUAAUGGCGGGUUAUUUAAUUGAUUGGUUUGUUGAGAGAGAGAGGAAGCUCGCACUAAAAAAUAUUAUUAAAGCUUAUCGUCCCAGUAUUGGUGUCGACUUUAUUACAAGGACUUUGGCAUUCGAUACAACAGAAAAUUGUUCUAAAUGGCUCUCAACUCUCUCAUUAUCUAUGACCGGUCAAAAUAAUAGUCAAAUCGAUUGCAAAAAUAGUAUAAACGCGAUCUAAAAAUUUCAAAAAUUAAAAAGAAAAAGUUAUAAAUCCCGUAAUAAAAAUAAUAAAAGAGUUAAUAAUAAUUCAAAAAUGAAAUGCAAAAAUAAUGAACAUAUAUUAAAAGACAAUUUACUAGAUAAUAAAAAAUUAUAAUUAAAAAAUGCACAAAAAGUGAUAUUUCAUAUUGAAAUAAUCAAUUUUAUACUCGUCAUUUUGUUGUUAUAGAAAAUUUAAAAUUAUAAAUUAAAUAUAUCACAUAAUGUUUGUAAAUCGAAAAAUAGGUUUUAGGCAUUUUGGACCACUAUUUUAUUUAAAAAAUUAAGUGUUUUUAGUUUUUAAUACUUUACUUUAAAUUUUUUUAUGUUUUAUUUUAUAAUUUUUUAAUUUAAAAUAAUGUUAAAUUUAGAAAAAAAAAACUGUUGUUAUCCAGUGUUUGUUGGAUAGAUUUUUUAUGGACAUUUUGCUCUUGAUUUGUAGUAAUAACAAAAUUUUAAUUUCUCACAUAAAUUGGGGGAAUAAUAUAACACUCGUGCAUUUCAUGGAAAAGAAGUACAUAUUUUAAAAUGUAAAAUAUUGAGGUUCAACUUUAUAAGUAAAGGGAUUUAUUUUUUUAUUUUGUCAAGCGAAUAAAUCAAUUUUUGAUUUGACACAGAGUUUAAAUACUUACCGGGUAUUGGAAGAUAUAAUUGACUAAGGAGAUGGAAGAUGUUACAACAACAGUAAACGGAGAUUAUUUUGAGGACUAAAAUUUGAAUUGGAUUGAUGGCGAAAUAUUGAAAAGGCUAAAAGAAAAUAUAAACGAAUUAAAGUGUUAAAAAAAAUAUUAAGGGUACAUUUUACUCAAAAAGUUAAAGAAAAAUUAACAACCAAAAUGUUGCAUUGCUCUUCUUUAGCAUAAAAUUAAAGAUAACCAUAGAAAAAUCGUUUAUAAUGUGGAAACUGAAAUGUUUACUUUCUUUUUUCAAAGAACUGGAUGACAAAAUUAAUGAGUGUGAGAAUUUCAAAUUUUAAGCGGAAAUGAAAAACAAAAUUACGAAAGAUAGCAUAUUAACUAACCUUUAAAAAAUUAGUAGUUGAUAAAGUAAUUUAAUACGGGAUCUAUUCAUGUUCAAAAUGAAAUAGUAGAAGAAAAAAUAAAAACUGGAAUUAAAAAGAAGGUAUGACAUGAUGAUAGGAAAAAGCUGAUUUGGUAUGAUUGAUGAGCAUAUUUCGUUAGUCGAAGAUUUUUCAAAUAAAAACAGAGUUUACCUUAGAAGAGUUUUGCUUAAAAAGCAUUGAAUGAUGCAAUAAAAUCAACAAAAUCAGUGAAUGCCCCUCUUAAAUCAAAAUGUUGCGGUUAACCAUUUAUUGAUGUUUGGAUGAAAAAAAUUAAAUUAAUGAAAGAUAUAAAAUAUAACAAUGAAUUAUCUUAAAAUUGGAAUAAAGAAUGUGAUCAAGAGAAAAAUUUUUUAAGUUAACGCGAAUAUGAAAUAUGAUUAUCGAAUUUCAGGUUGUUAAUUUUUUUUUUAAUUGGUAUUAAAAAUUUGAAAAAUUAAGCAACUUCAGCAAAAUUUCGUUUAAUUCAAUCUAACACUUGCGAAAGCUGAAAACAUUCUUUGAGAAUAGAACGCUGAUACAGACAUUUGGCAUAAAAUGACAUGGCUUAAUUUAUAAUUUUAUUCUUCAAAUUUUACGAAUAUUGUAUAAAAAUCAUUACUGACUAUUUUAAUGGAAAAAUAUAAUUAUUUAGAAAUUUCAAGAAAUGGAAAAAUUGAAAAAUGAAAAAAAAUAAUUGGGUGAAAAGAAGGCAACAUGGUUGAAAUUUUCUCUUAUUUCCUUUUGACUGUUAUCUCAACGUUCUUAAAACUCAUUGAAGCAUUAACAAUCAAUUAAGAUAUAUAAUCACAUUAUACUACGUUGCAGAAGUCCGAAGCAAGAAAGCAUUUACAUUCUUCUAUUGCUUUAUUCAAAGAUAAAUUUUGAAGAAAUGAGAUUCUUCAUAAAUUGGACCCUAUUUUUUAACAAUUAACUACCCUAAAAUAUAAAAAGCUUAUAAUUAAAUAAUGAACUUUCAUACUAAAAAAAAUAAGUGAAUUUUUGUUUUUAUUUUUUUUUUUAUUUAAAUAAGUGUUAUCGUGUUUUUUUUUCGAAAAUAAUGAGAGCCAGUAAUUUAGGUUAAAUUAACAAAAAAAAAAUUAAUUAAAUGGAACAUUUAAUUUUAAAAAUAUAAGAAAU